GCACCAAUCAGCAGGCUCUUCUCGGCGGUUAGAUGGCGGCGGUGCGGACGCGGGCGCUGCUGACCUUCACCAGAGUAACAAGAUGGUUUUCUCCACAACGCAGUAUCUGCUUCAGAACAGUUGACAGAGGAAUUUACUUAGGUAACUCUGCCAAGACAUGCAGCACUCUCAGGCCUGUGGAGUGUUGUCACUACACCUGCAGUGCAAACACCACACACAAGUAUGUGCCUCGGAGAGCGGUGCUCUACGUUCCUGGAAAUGAUGAAAGGAAACUCCACAAGAUUACCAGUCUCCGUGUAGAUUGUGCUGUCCUCGACUGUGAAGAUGGUGUUGCAUUAAACAAGAAGGAAGAAGCAAGGCUGACAAUCGCAAAGAUGCUCACUCAACCUCAUGUAGGCUGCACAGACCUAUGUGUGCGGAUUAACUCUGUCUCAAGUGGCCUGGCUGAGUUGGACAUGGAAGUUAUCCUAGAAUCUAAAGCGCUUCCUCCAACCCUGAUGCUCCCUAAAGUGGAAACUGUCGAAGAAAUAAAAUGGUUUGCAGACAGAUUUUCAAAAUACACCAAGGGUCGGACAUUAAAGGAGCCAAUGAAUUUAAUCACUUUUGUGGAGACGGCAGUAGGAUUGCUGAAUUUCAAGGCUGGAUGUGAAGAAGCACAGCGUCUAGGUGCACAUGCUGGCUUCCGACUCGACGGAGUUGUAUUUGGAUCGGAUGAUUUCUGUGCCAGCAUAGGUGCCACCAGAACUAAAGAUGCUCGAGAGCUUGUUUACGCGAGGCAGAAGGUUGUUGUUACAGCAAAGGCAUUUUGUCUCCAGGCCAUAGAUCUUGUCUAUAUUGACUACAAGGAUGAGGAGGGCCUUUAUAUGCAAUCGAGAGAGGGUGCCUUGAUGGGGUUCACUGGUAAACAAGUGAUUCACCCCAGUCAGAUUCCAAUUGUACAAGAAGCAUUUUCACCAAGCCCUGAGAAAAUGAAAUGGGCGCAGGAACUGAUUGAUGCUUUUGAAGAACAUCAAAAACUAGGAAAGGGAGCCUUCACUUUUCAUGGAAGCAUGAUCGACAUGCCAUCUUUGAAGCAGGCACAGAACAUCAUUACACUGGCCUCAGCCAUCAAAGAAGCAUGAAAGCUCGAGAGGCGAUAGGUUCGUGCCAGAGAUCACUUGGCAGAUGCAGUGGUCAGUAGAAAAUGAAGACAGAGACCAGUUGCCUGUGGGAAGUGUUAUGGAGGUCACUGCAUCACUGCCGGGGUUUAAUAAUGUGAUACCUUAAGGCCUGUGCCAUGGUAAUUUUAAAAAAAAACAUUUAGUUCAAUUUUUUGCAUGGUGUAGUCAUAUGAGAUUGUCUAGACCAAGCCCCCCCACCUACUGAGUGCAGCAGCCGUGCAUAACUAGUCCCCAGUAACUUCAUACUGUAUAGUUAGGGACACUGAUAGAUACCAAGCUGUAGCAAUUUUUUCUGUUGCAACGAUUAGAAGCACAGUGCAGCAGAACUUGUCUGGGUGGACCCCUGUCAGUUUCUGCAUCACAUUUAAAAAAAUAACACUGCUGCAGGUCAGAUGUGUUGGCUGGUUAACAGGCUGGGGUACAAGCCUCUUUAACUAGAGGUUUGCCCAGCUUUUAACAGGGUAAAUAAGCAUAACAAUCACCCAUUGUUACACGGUGCAGCAGAGCAUCCUGUGCAGAAGGGUCAAGUGUUGCAAAGGGCCGAAUUUUGGUUACUAUGGAACCCAAAUGAAAUUCACAUUGCUGUGAAAGCCCCUCAGAAAAACAGGGCUUUUCACGAAUUUAAAAUUAAAGAAAUAUUUGACCCUGCCCCAAGCCCUGCUCAUCAGCAAAUCUGGUUCCUUCAGAGUUGGAUAUUCUUUAAUAUUUCCUGAAAUUUUUUAAAAAGAAAUCUUAAUUAAUCGAGGUGUAUUUUUGAUUUUAUUGCAUGACAAAUCUAAAAAUGGACAAGUUCUAAAAUUGGUUUGCUAUCCUAUGGUUAAUUCCACUCUAACAUUUUAUAAAAGGCAAUGAUUGAAGUAUAUUUGACGCAGUGAUAAUUUUCUGUUCUCAUAUUGUAUUUUCUGCUGCCAAAGAUUUAUUGUUGUAUCUUUUUGAACAAAGAUUGCUUCACUGCAUCAGCAUUGCUUACAAUUAUGAACACUGGAAAUUCUUUUUAACUGUACAGUGACUCAAGACCAUCAUCUGAAUAAAAUUAAUUGCUGCAUACAAA